CCCUCUCCUGGUAUGCACUCUCACCACCUUAUCUCUCUCCCUCCCAGUCCCAUCCUCUCUCGCUCGUCCACAGAAAGGGCUCAAAGGAAAAAGGACCCCUCUCCAAUGGCGGAAACGUCACCACUGAAGCGCCGGAGAGAGGCGAACCCCGAUGAAGAAGAGGAGGAGAAGCGGCAAAGGUCGUACAGGGACAUUCUCUCCCUCCUCGAGGAAGAGGAAGACGUGGCGGGCCAAGACCUGUCGUCCCUCAUCACGAGCCUCCAGCGAGAACUCGCCUCUGGCUCCUCCGACCCUUUGACUGCCUCCGCCGAAGAAGCCCCUCCUUCGCCUGCGGGGGAAGCUGGAGACGAAGGAGGAGACGAGAGGGAGAGGGUGAUGAGGCGCUUGCUCGAGGCCUCCGACGACGAGCUCGGGCUGCCCAGCAGAGAGAGCAGCGAGGUUGGACACGGCGUUGGCAUCGGAGAAGGUCACGAUGUGCUGUGCGGCAGCGUUGGUGAAGGCCAAGGGUCGAUCGAUUUGUGCGAGGGGUUGGUGUGGGAGCUCGAGGACGAGGCUACUAAUCAUAACGCUCUUCUGCAGUCCGAGCUUAAUGCCCCAUGAGAGCGUCGGGUUAAUUAGAGGUUGAUUUAGACUUUAACGUUAGUGAAAGAGAAGAAACAGACAGUUUAGGGGUUCCGAAGAGAGAACAGGAGGAGGACUGUAAGAUGAAAUAGGGGAAAAAGGAGAAAAAAGAAGCUGCAAAUGGAGAAGGGUUUUCGAGCGAUACGCUUUUGCCACUCUUUCAUCCUCUCUCUUCUUUAGUAAAUUCGCCGGAUGUUCACCCGUAGCUUUUUAGAUUAUGAAAAUAGAAGGAAGACAGAUUAUUUUUCUUUCAUUGUAA